AUGGUAGGCAUCACUUUACCAAAAGUGGCGCUUUUGAUACUGUAUCUCAAAGUCUUUGCAGACCGCAAAGUGAUCAUUGCCACCUGGGUUGUCAUGGGUCUCCUCAUCGGCCUCUGUUUCAGUAGCGUGGUUGCACUGUUCGCCAUAUGCCAGCCAUUUGCUUAUAACUGGAACAAGUCCAUCCAAGGGGGCCAUUGUGGCAACUUUAUGGCUGCGUACAAGUAUAUCAGCAUCCCCAACAUCGUGUCGGAUGUGGCGAUUCUGCUCUUACCCAUACCGAAUCUCUGGUCUUUGAAUAUGAGCAGGUGGAAAAAAGCCGGUGUCUUUGCGACUUUCGCAGUGGGAGGUUUGGGUAUCAUCACCUCCAUCAUCCGCUUUGUUGGCUUCUACCGGACCAACGUGGGUACGGAUGUCACAAAUAACGGUGGCACGACCGUGAUUUACACCGCACUUGAGGUGGCCGCCUAUUUCAUUUGCUCCUGUCUUCCUGGAACGCGCCCGCUGGCACGGGCUAUAUACCAGGGAGCAGGCCUGGGCACGUAUAUUAACAGCCAUUUCGGAACCUGGGAUAAAAGCAAAGGUAGUUCAUCCCAUGCGACGUCAGGCAACAGCCGCUCAAAUGACAUCGCCCUUAAUAACUUGAAGGGGAGACAUAAGACCUCAGUUUCGACAUCUAUGAUGAGUGGGCCGAAUCAAAACCAGGAAGAAUAUGAUGGCCGGGCUUUUAUCCGCCUGGAGGAGUCUGUCCAUGUCGAUUUCUCUUCGGUUCGCAGUUCUAAUAGAGGGUCAUCCGAGGGAAUCAUGCGAUGA